AUGAUAAAUUUGAAAAGUAUUUGUUUAAUCACUUCAGUUAUACUGAUAAUAUAGAUUAGUUUUAUAUUUGAGUUGAACCUAAUUUAGACCUGAAGAACUUUAUAUUCCUUUUUAAAAAUAAUUUGCUCAAGUGCCAGAUUUUUACAGUUGAAAUAAAAACUUAUUCAUAGGUCCUAUUGUUCUGCUUGAUUUAAAAAAUAAAUUUAGGAAUAUUCAUAAUUACUACAUAGCAUCACCAUAGCUGAAAAUAUUUCUUAACAUAAAUUUUCGGGUUUAAAGUUAAAAUAGUCUGUGAGAGAGUAGAACAGUUUUAUGCUAUUGAAUUAGAUGGUUUGCAUUUAACGAUGAUAUAGUUUAAGUCAUAAAUAAUUUUAAUAUUAUUACUCAUCCCUAAACUUAAUACGCCCAUUCUUACUAAAAGGAUUGUUAAGAAAAUUUAGUCCUCUUUAAUUUUGUAAUUAAUUAUCCUAUAGGAUCUUAAUAUUAUUAUUUAAUUGUAUAAAAUAUAUUAUUUAGGGAUUAGGUUUGACGCCUGAAACUUUAACAAUAAGUUUUUAAUUUUAUAGCCUAAAGUAAUUUGGAUAUCAUAUAUUAUUAAAUAGUUUCGACAUAUUUUUAAUUGGCCCCCCAAUAUUAAUCAUUAAACUUGAUGGAUUAGGUUAAGUUGUCAAUUUCCCCACUAAAUGGACCAUUUAAAAUUGCUAUUUAAAUCUUCUAGGGUUUAAGCAUAAAAGAACUGAUUUUAAUAUUAGAUAUUUCAUGAAAACAACAUAUUCGUCUUAAGUAACUUUUGGAAUUUACCCAUGUAACAAAUUUUUAAUAUAUUUUGGAGUUCCACUAAUAAUUUAUCAAUUUAACAUAAUCACUUUUGUAUAAAUGAAGCUUUUUUUUUUAACUGGCAAAAAUAAAUAGUUUGAUGUAAUCUAGAUUUUUUGACCCAAAUAAUUAAAUCGAUGCUCAUAUUGAAAUUAAGAAAAUAAACUACUCUUAAAAUCAAAUGUUAUUAGAAGAAAUUACUAUAGCACAAUCUAUUGGAUCUAUAACAAUUAUUCUAUUGGCAAUUUAUAGAUUCGGAAAUGUUCAAGAUAUCACUAUUUUGUCCAAAACAACGGUGUUUUAGACGACAAUCAAAUGUGACAUCAAAUAAAUUCAUAGAGUCAGAUUAUCAUUAAAGCUAUUGUAAAAUUAAAAUUAAUAACAAUAAAUAUAAAUUGCUAAGAUUUCAGUUUCAUUAUUUGCAACCUAGUUAACUAAUCACAAACUAGAAAUAGUAUGA